GCGACACGGGCCACUACUGGCAGAGAUUUCCAGAACGUGGGAUGCCGAGACCCUUAUUCUGUUGAUCUUCCUGCGUCAAACGCGCCAAUUCGAUUUACUGGGUUGGAUUGUUUGGAGUACUCCAUACAUUUUGCCGGAUCUUCGCAAAUCCCUGGUCACAAUAUGUCGGAUAAAGGUACUCCGUACGGAGUGUAGGGUAUAGAGUCUGCAAGAGACAACGGAUCGACAGGAACUUACCAAUGCCAAGAUGAAAUGAGGAUGGGUCUUCUCAAGGCUCAACACGGGGAAUCUUGGCCCGGAUGGCUAAUUGAGAUGUCAUGGACUAUGUAAAGGGGGAUGUUCUCGCACAUUCUUGCAGUUCUAUCCUCAUCUUUCUUCAUCAAUUACUCACAACGCCAUGCGAUUCCGUCAAACAAGCAACCUCGUAGCCGCGGCCAUUGGGCUCCUGGGCUCCGCUACUGCUUUCGAGAACGAUGCAUAUGACUACAUCGUCGUCGGUGGUGGCCCUUCUGGUAUUAUCGCGGCCGAGAGGUUUGUCGAAGCCGGUCACAAGGUCUUGCUUCUUGAAAGAGGGCCCGGUUCAACCGUUCCCACCGGCGCCAAUGACACACUUCGCUGGGACCACGACCUCACACCAAUCGACGUCCCUGGCCUGUCCGGAGACAUCGCAACCUAUGAUGUCUGGAACGAGUAUCUGUGCACCGACACUGCCGGAUUCGCCGCCUGUGCGCUUGGCGGUGGUGUUUCAGUCAACUACAUGGUCUUUGUCCACCCUCCAGACCAUGACUUUAAUGAUAAAUGGCCUCAAGGAUGGAAGUGGGAAGACGUUGCGCCGGCGGCGGAGAGAUUGUAUCAACGAAACCCUGGGAGCACCUUGCCCUCUGCUGAUGGCAAGUACUAUGACCAGGGGCUGUACACUAUCUUCUCGAACUUCUUGGACAAUCUUGGCUGGAAGUCUGUCGACAUGAUCGACCAGCCCAAUGAGAAGCACCAGGUCUACAGUCACCCGUCAUGGAACAUCAAGGACCAAAUGCGUGCUGGCCCUGUACGCACCUACCUCCCUGAUAUCCAGCACAACGACCGCUUUACACUGAGUCUUGGUACCAAAGUCGUUCGUCUGGUUCGUUCAGGAAGUCAGGUCACCGGAGUCGAAGUCGAAACUGCCUCUGGUCAAACCGAAGUCAUCGCGCUGACUUGCAAUGGCCGUGUCGUUCUUGCUUCGGGUGCUCUCUCCACACCGCGUGUGCUUUUCAACUCCGGCAUCGGCCCCAAGGCGCAGAUCGAAACGGCCCAGAAGACCGGUGUCGCGGUUCCUACUCAGGAAGAGUGGAUCGAUCUGCCUGUCGGUGUUGGCCUCAAAGACCAUUCCAUCUUCUCCCUCGUCGUCAAGACUAAUGGGACAUUCGGUUCGCUGGAUUCCGCAAGCGUCCUGAAUGGGAAUGACACUACCAACAUUUCUCAAUACAAACAGCACAACGGCGUUCUGACCCAAGGCAAACAUCGCUUGAUAUUCUUCACUUCGAACGAGGUUGAUGGCGAGACCCGAUACUAUCAGGGUUCCUGCGCCCCUGACGACGACAGCACAAUCAGCCUCAGCGCCUACAUGACCCACGGCCUGACCUCAUCCGGCGUCUUGGGACUGGAUAAAAAAGGAAACACCGUCAUAGAGAAGUCUCCAUACCUCCAAACCGCCGGAGACCGCAAAGCCGCCAGAGUUUUCCUCCAACAACUGGUUGACGAUAUCACAGCCCCUUCAACUGGAUUCCAAUUGGAUUCGUACACCAACGUCUCUGCAGUAAUCGAUGCACAGAGCCCUGGUGGACACUAUACUGGUACGGCCCGGAUGGGCACGGAUGAUGGCCGCGAUGGUGGAUCGGCAGUUGUUGAUACUAAUGCCAAGGUAUACGGUAUGGACAAUCUGUACAUUGUCGACGCUAGUAUUCACCCGGACGUUCCCACGGGUAAUACCAUGGCCAUUACCAUGGUUGUCGCUGAAGCAGCGGCUUCCAGAAUACUUGCUCAAGACUAAGGGUUUUUCUUGAUUAAACCAACAGUGAUGUAUUGGUUUCUGAGUCGGCCCUGUUACUCUCAUGCUGCUAUGUCCUAGGUUUCUGUUUCUGGAUUGUCUUUUUUUUAAAAAAUUUUAUUUUCUCUUCUAGUAGUAUAUAUAAAUUUAUGACGCUUUGUUAACUUCUAUAUAUGGCCGAGACCGUUGGCAUAGUGUCAGUGGCGUGCAGUUAUUGGACGUGG